AUGCCUUACUCACCAAACCUCGUUGCCGAGAACGCGGCUGCCCUGGACCACUUCAUCCAGCUCCCAGUGUCACAUGACAUGAUCUCGUACCUUGCACAGAAGGCCACACAAGUCAUUCGCUGCGAACCCUCCAUCAACAAGAACCUCCCUCCCACACCACCAGCGUCGCCUCCUCAGCAUGCUGCCUCCAACAUCCGCGAGCCUGCCCUGCCAUCAGUAGAGGAGUUCAUCACAUCCAUCGUCGAGAGGUCACAUGUCCAGACUGCCACCCUCAUGACUUCGCUCGUCUACCUCAGCAGGUUACGGUCGCGCCUUCCUCCCGUUGCCAAGGGCAUGCGAUGCACCGUCCACCGCAUCUUCCUCGCCUCCCUCAUCCUUGCGGCUAAGAACCUCAACGACUCCUCGCCCAAGAACAAGCACUGGGCCAGGUACAGCGCUGUUCGCGGCUACGAGAACUUUGGCUUCUCCCUCACCGAGGUCAACCUCAUGGAGAAGCAGCUUCUGUUCCUCCUUGACUGGGAUCUCCGCAUCAGCACCGAGGACCUCCACUACCACCUCGAGCCUUUCCUAGCGCCCAUCCGUGUCUGGCAAUCCCGCCAGGCGGAGAAGGCCAGGCUCGCAGAGAAGGAGAAGGAGCUUGCCCGCCAACAAUACCAGCUGACCGCCGAGAAUCUCUCGCGCUCAGUUCACCCAUAUGCGUCGCAAUCCUCACUGUCUUCAUACGCACCUCGUCAGAGGGGACCACGCUACAUCUCAUCCUCCCGCGCACCAUCGCGCACCCCAUCUCUAUCACCACCCACCCGAAGCUCCUCGGUCUCCACCUCUUCCGAAUCACCCGUCAGUCUUCACGACGAGCCUUCAGAAGCGAUCCUCCAGCGCUACGACGCAGACCAGGGCGCCAACGUUGUAUACAUCAAUGGCCCUCACUCGUACGUCCCCAAGCAGCAACACGCACUCCCGCUGUACGACACCCAGCCCUCGAAGAAGGUUAAGACCUCUGCGGGCGGCAUCUUCAGCAGGAUGUUCGGCCAGACCGGCGCCUACGCCGGCCGCCAGACUACCUAUUAA